UACCUUCGCCUCCCCUCCCCCGCUCGUUCCCAGUAAAUCUCCAGCGGGUGGGGGAAAUCAACCCUUUGGCGCUAAACUCUGAGCUGCCCGUUGGACACGAUUGCAGUGGGGGAAAUGGUGUCCAUCCUUUCAGAAAGAAUGAUCAACUAGAUGGAGGUAACUUGCUCCACGUUUCCCGAGAUCUCAGGAGGACCUAUGAGUGUUUUGCUAGAUUCAGGGCAAAUGUAGAUUUCAGCUGAACCGCUCAGGACUUGAGAGAUAACUAUUGCACUCUCCGGACUGCAACCACUUCCGCGAGAAUCUGAUACAUUUAAUGAAGGCUUUGCCAGAUGUACGGGUCAGCGCGUCCUUGGCCCAGCACAACUUAGGUCAGCACACUGCACUCACUAGCACCAACCUGGGCUCCACGCAGCAGAACUCGGUUAAAAAUCGUCUUUCGUGGUCACUUAGGAGUUCUAGGGGGCAGGGGGAAACAAGAAAAAGGUUUCACUUGACACUGCCGGCCGCUUUUGAUAAGUCAUAGCAAAUACUUUCAGAAGCACAAUUUUAAAGGGAGAAUCCAAAUUUCCGUCCUCGCUCGGCCGAACUCCCUGCAAUCAGCUGCAGACCAUCGCAGGCUCAGGACUGAACUGAGGUUUGUGGCUUCGCAGCUGCCCCGAUGCGAUGCCGGGAGCAUGAAAUUCUAUCUCGGCUGAGAACCGAGCAACAGACCGCACAAGAACAGUGCCUUCUGGCCUGUCAUCUGCCAAGAAAUACCAGGAACGCUAGUGUCACAAACAACUACCUGAACCCAGAAAGUAAGGCUAGGAAGCUCUGUGUGCAAAGAAAAUUCUUGCUAAUUCACCCAGACUGUUUUAACUGGUUAAUAAAGCAACUGACACUCAACAAAACCACAAUCGCAGCAGGAGUCCUAGGCAUCAAAAUAAGAAUCACAACUAAAGGUUUGUUGUUGUUGUUAACAACUGCCUUUAUUAUCAUUGCUUAGUAUUUUUUUAAGUAAAAGGAAAGAAAAAGAGAUAAUCAUUUCAUACCCAGUGGUAUCUCUUCCUUUUCUCCGAAAUUAGAGCACAGAUUCUCUUGAUUGUUCCUCAAUAAGCCACCACCACCAACGGGAAGAGAGGCAAAUUGGUUCUAAACACCCACACCCCGUUCCGGUGGAAUACAGUUAAUCCUAACUCCUUUAAAACGCACAUAAUUUUAUCUGACCCUUGGACAUGAUUAAAGAUACUGAGGGCUUAUAUAGCCUUAUUCUACAUGACUAGAGACUACACAUAAAAGAUAAAAACGGGAAAAGGGAUACAUAUGCAUCUACUCAAUAUCCAUUUUUAGAGGUAAAUAAAAUGUUCCUGUUUCACUUUGGCCCCCAAACUAUAUACGAUUGUGGACAUCAGAAAAUAUAAACCCUUCAGGUAUAUAUAUAUUUUCAUCUGAAUACCUUACUCAGUGAAACUAGCAGUGUAACUGUUAUUCUACUCUUUCAAACCUGAUUCUGAUGUGAGCUAAACAUAUAGCAUCAUCUCCCUGGGAACAAAUUCCCAAAUUUAUACCUUCAUUGGAAAGCUGUUCAAAGCCCCUCUUCCCUUCCCAAUCUUGGUUAAAUGAGAAGGAAUAAGCUGUCUGUUUGUGACUUCCCAAAGAACCAACUUAAAAUUCAUUUGUAUGUGCCAGAGGUUAUUGGGAGAUCAAUAAAUGUUAAAUGUGUAAUUUUACAUUUCAAUUGGAAUUAAAACCUAUUCAGAUUUUUGAAGGUAGCUUGGGAGCAUGAUGUUUGUUCAGGAAUCUGUAUCUGACAUUAAGUUUGAUGUGGAAUGUUUAAAUUGUAAUUAAAGCAGAGAAAGCAACAGUAUACAAAAACACAGGUCUAAGAGCCCACCAGGAGGUUGAGUGUUAACAGCCACAUUUUGGAAGCUGUAUACAAGUGCACAUGGGCAGAUGCCACAGACGCCAGAGGAACUUACGUUUCAGUAUCCCUUUUAUAUUGAAAGACACUGUCGGAUAUAUUGAGGCAGCCUGGAGGUGAUGGGGACUAUACUUAAUAACUACUCAUACUCCUCUUUUUCUCAGUAAAGGAACUCAAACCAGACAUUCACACUAUUGCCGUUUUCAAGGAUAUAUUUUCGACCUAACAAUAUACAAAGGUCAAAACGAGUCCAUUUUUGAGAGGACAGGGUCUAAUCCUCCCUUUGAACACAAGAGGUCGCUCCUGUAAUCAAGUAUUAAGGAAAAAUUUGCUAAUCAGUUUUAUGUAUUCUCUAGAAAACAAAAUUUUACAGAUAUAUUUGAUGUACUAAAUCCACAUACAGCAAUCAGCUGAGGAAAUGAGAAUAGUCCAUGAUCAAUUUAGAACUUCAAGGUGAGGUAAAACUACAAAGCCUGCUAUUCUAACUUGGAUUUUAAUAUAAAGUGUAUCAUGAUACAUGCACUGAACUUCAGAGCAUGUCCAUCAUGGUGGGGGUCCCUCAAAUGUCUCCUUUUAAUGCAGGUAUCUUCACCAUGCGUCUUGCUUCUAUCAGUUUAGGAACUUACUAAGAAAAUACUUGUUUACAACAAUGGUGCAGAAUGAAAAGAGGAAAAUGUUGUCUUCACCAUUAAGGUGAAAUUGCCUGUUACUAAAGGUUUCCCCCAAGCCACAUGCCAGUUUUUCUACUUGGAAUUGCUAUCAUCUGCAAUAAUUCUUUGUAAUGCAAUAGCUUAUUGGUUUAGGGAGUUAAAAUACCACACUAUGUGUGGGAGGUGGGGGCUAGUUUGAAGGAAGAUGGAUAGUGAGGGUGCUUUGUGGAUCUCAAAUGUAAGUCAUCAGGCUUCUGGUAGCUUCUGGUGUUUAAUUCCAUCUUAUAAACGUGGCAUGAUAGAAUAUGACUGGGUAAAACUCUCCAUUUUCUGGCAUUGUGGUGGUUAUCUUUUUUUACUAGGGUCAACAUGUUUAUCUAUAUGGGAAACACGCCCGAAUACUGGGAAGAUUUGCUUCGUGUUGAGAUUAUCAGCAUCAGCUUUGCAAAAACAGCUUGACAAAAGGCUCCAUACAUUUAAUACCAGAGACUAGAAACAGACAGACACACAUACACACACACACACCUGGUAAACUUAUCAGCCUAGGUCUAUUCAACUUUCACUUUCAUACACGCGCUACAAAAUAACCUAUAAUAAAAAUGGAAGAGAAGAGAGAUCCAAUUUGAAAUCCUCCUUGAGAAAAAGCAAAACAAAUCAAAACGAGUUCCUGGGGAAGAAAGCCUCAGUUAGGUCAAGAGGAAACUUUUGCAUCUUAAAUUCCCUUUCUGCUUUGGAGAGGCAUUACCCGUUCAAGCUCAGCCAAUGCGACCGGCCAGGACUUACAGCUCUUAUCAAGGGUUAGAUUUUGCGAAAGAUACAAAGAAAGGAGUUUCCUAACACACCGGGUCUUCUCACGGCAACAAGACACCGAAAUUAAGCCUACUAUGGUUUGUGUCUGUAGGCCUUUUUAGAUAAAACUGGCAGUCCCAUUAGAUAAGAAAUGGCUUUUUAGAAGCUUUGGGGGAAGCGCAGGGGUUCUUCGUGGCCUUCCUGUGACUUUGUCUUUGGCAGACUGUAAGAGAUGAUGGGAACACGUAAGAAUGAUUGAAAAAGGUUACCGGCGAGUUGCACCCAACAAUCUUCUCUCUCCAAGUAGUUUCCUGAGAGAAAAUUAUUAUAUAUCAACGCCUAGGGACGUGAAAUAGAUCUUCCACUGUUCUGUAAUAAAUCCCUCCCUACUCGCGCCCUUACACUAAUGCAUUGUUUAAAAAUCUCCAGUCAUGGAGACUUGUCCUUAUAAUUAUCAAAACACCACAGCUAGCUGCACAAGUUUGCUUAAAAACAAAGGGCAGGAGACCAGCAGAGAGAGGAAUUGGACAGUAUAUAAAAACCUUACAAACUUUAGACUACUGAAAGAUCAUUUCGCUCUUUGGCUUAGGGUUAGUGAACUUCAAUUCUAGAGUUUAAACUGAAAAGCAGACCUCGCGGGUCUGAAAGACAAAAAGUCCGCGGAGUCAACUUCAUUUUACCCGUGCGUUCCAACCUGAUUGUCCCCAACAGCAAGAAGCGCUUUUCCUCCCACCCCACGUUUUUAGAUAUCUGAGGUCGGGGAAGACGGAGUUACGGUGUAGCAGUCACGAAACAGUUCCUCUGGGUUUAAUCAUCCUAUUUCCAAUUCUUCUUCCCCUAGCGCGCCGAGCGCAGCCAGUUCUGGAGGGAACUCCCCCUCCCGAGCAGCCAAGGCGGGCUAGGCCCCGGGGAUGUGCGCCACGGCGUGGGACCAAACCAAGAUAAGCGCCCUGCUCCAAGUUCCCCCCGUUUCCUAGAGCCCGGGAGGGACCUCGUCAACAGGUAGACCUACCCACCAGCCACUCGCCACGAGCGGCAGAAAGUGAGCCCCGCGCGCAACGCUGCCAUUCGGACUGCGGGGACCCCAGGAGCGGAGGGCGGAGGAGUAGCGCAACAGGAGGCGAGGGCGCAGACGGCACGGCCGGGAAGGAACGCGGGAGGGGGCAGAAGGAAGAGGAGGUGAAGGAGAGGGAGGCCAGAGCCAGAACAGCCCGGCAGCCCGAGCAUCGGGGGAGAACGGGCUGAGCCCGGAGCAAGUUGCCUCGGGAGCCCUAAUCCUCUCCCGCGAGCUCGCCGAGCGGUCAGUGGCGCACAGCGGCUGCGAGACUGAAAUAUGAUAAUCAGAACAGCUGCGCCGCGCGCCCUGCAGCCAAUGGGCGCGGCGCUCGCCUGACGUCCCCGCGCGCUGCGUCAGACCAAUGGCGAUGGAGCUGAGUUGGAGCAGAGAAGUUUGAGUAAGAGAUAAGGAAGAGAGGUGCCCGAGCCGCGCCGAGUCCGCCGCCGCCGCAGCGCCUCCGCUCCACCAACUCCGUCGGCUUAAAUUGGACUCCCAGAUCCGCGAGGGCGCUGCGCAGCCGAGCAGCGGCUCUUUCAGCUUUGGCAACCCCAGGGGCCACUAUUUCCCACUUAGCCACAGCUCCAGCAUCCUCUCUGUGGGCUGUUCACCAACUGUACAACCACCAUUUCACUGUGGACAUUACUCCCUCUUACAGAUAUGGGAGACAUGGGAGAUCCACCAAAAAAAAAACGUCUGAUUUCCCUAUGUGUUGGUUGCGGCAAUCAGAUUCACGAUCAGUAUAUUCUGAGGGUUUCUCCGGAUUUGGAAUGGCAUGCGGCAUGUUUGAAAUGUGCGGAGUGUAAUCAGUAUUUGGACGAGAGCUGUACAUGCUUUGUUAGGGAUGGGAAAACCUACUGUAAAAGAGAUUAUAUCAGGUUGUACGGGAUCAAAUGCGCCAAGUGCAGCAUCGGCUUCAGCAAGAACGACUUCGUGAUGCGUGCCCGCUCCAAGGUGUAUCACAUCGAGUGUUUCCGCUGUGUGGCCUGCAGCCGCCAGCUCAUCCCUGGGGACGAAUUUGCGCUUCGGGAGGACGGUCUCUUCUGCCGAGCAGACCACGAUGUGGUGGAGAGAGCCAGUCUGGGCGCUGGCGACCCGCUUAGUCCCCUGCAUCCAGCGCGGCCACUGCAAAUGGCAGCGGAGCCCAUCUCCGCCAGGCAGCCGGCCCUGCGGCCCCAUGUCCACAAGCAGCCGGAGAAGACCACCCGCGUGCGAACUGUGCUGAACGAGAAGCAGCUGCACACCUUGCGGACCUGCUAUGCCGCAAACCCGCGGCCCGAUGCGCUCAUGAAGGAGCAACUGGUAGAGAUGACGGGCCUCAGUCCCCGUGUGAUCCGGGUCUGGUUUCAAAAUAAGCGGUGCAAAGACAAGAAGCGAAGCAUCAUGAUGAAGCAACUCCAGCAGCAGCAGCCCAAUGACAAAACUAAUAUCCAGGGGAUGACAGGAACUCCCAUGGUGGCUGCCAGUCCAGAGAGACACGACGGUGGCUUACAGGCUAACCCAGUGGAGGUACAAAGUUACCAGCCACCUUGGAAAGUACUGAGCGACUUCGCCUUGCAGAGUGACAUAGAUCAGCCUGCUUUUCAGCAACUGGUCAAUUUUUCAGAAGGAGGACCGGGCUCUAAUUCCACUGGCAGUGAAGUAGCAUCAAUGUCCUCUCAACUUCCAGAUACACCUAACAGCAUGGUAGCCAGUCCUAUUGAGGCAUGAGGAACAUUCAUUCUGUAUUUUUUUUUCCCUGUUGGAGAAAGUGGGAAAUUAUAAUGUUGAACUCUGAAAUGAAAGUAUUUAACAACCCAGUCAAUGAAAACUGAAUCAAGAAAUGAAUGCUCCAUGAAAUGCACGAAGUCUGUUUUAAUGACAAGGUGAUAUGGUAGCAACACUGUGAAGACAAUCAUGGGAUUUUACUAGAAUUGAACAACAAACAAAACGCAAAACCCAGUAUAUGCUAUUCAAUGAUCUUAGAAGUACUGAGAAAAAUAAAAAGACGUUUUUAAAACGUAAAGGAUUUAUAUUCAAGGAUCUCAAAAAAAGCAUUUUCAUUUCACUGCACAUCUAGAGAAAAACAAAAAUAGAAAAUUUUCUAGUCCAUCCUAAUCUGAAUGGUGCUGUCAUUGCCUUGCCAAACAGGAGCUCCAGCAAAAGCGCAGGAAGAGAGACUGGCCUCCUUGGCUGAAAGAGUCCUUUCAGAAAGGUGGAGCUGCAUUGGUUUGCGAUGUUUUAAGUUGACUUUAACAAGGGGUUAGUUGAAAUCCUGGGUCUCUUGGCCUAUCCUGUAGCUGGUUUAUUUUUUACUUUGCCCCCUCCCCCCUUUUUUUGAGAUCCAUCCUUUAUCAAGAAGUCUGAAGCGACUUUAAAGGUUUUUGAAUUCAGAUUUAAAAACCAACUUAUAAAGCAUUGCAACAAGGUUACCUCUAUUUUGCCACAAGCGUCUCGGGAUUGUGUUUGACUUGUGUCUGUCCAAGAACUUUUCCCCCAAAGAUGUGUAUAGUUAUUGGUUUAAAUGACUGUUUUUUCUCUCUAUGGAAAUAAAAAAGGAAAAAAAGGAAAAUUUUUUUGUUUGCUCUUGCAUUGCAAAAAUUAUAAAGUAAUUUAUUAUUUAUUGUCGGAAGACUUGCCACUUUUCAUGUCAUUUGACAUUUUUUGUUUGCUGAAGUUAAAAAAAAAGAUAAAGGUUGUAUGGUGGUCUUUGAAUUAUAUGUCUAAUUCUGUGUGUUUUGUCUUUUUCUUAAAUAUUAUGUGAAAUCAAAGCGCCAUAUGUAGAAUUAUAUCUUCAGGACUAUUUCACUAAUAAACAUUUGGCAUAGAUAAAUAAAUAAA